UUAUUCAUAUUUCAAAACCGCGUAGCUGGAUACUCUCAUCUUCUUCAACUCAUUUCCUAGAUAUAUAUAGUUUUGGUUGUGAAAAUUGAUCAUAUUAGAAUGGCUUCCGAUUUUAAUCUAUCCCCUUCAGAUGCACAUCCCGAGACUAUGGAUUUCCUUUCUCUUGCAUGGUGUAACUUCGCUGUGCAAGCUCUGCAGCCUGAGCCUCAACAUGGAUCUGUUGUUCUGCUUGAUAAUAACUCCAUGAAGCAAUUAGAGCCUGGUAGCCCAAAUGUUAAUCCUUCGAUGGAAAAGAGUGCUAGAGUGGACGGUGCUGAUUUCAGGUCUUUGCCAGGAUGGAAAUCUAAUAAUGUAAAGUCAUGGAUAUGGAUGCAGCAAGCGAUGCAUCCUGAAUUGAAUUACAACAGCUGUUUCCGAAAGAAAUGGGUGCCAUGGAAGCAGAUCAUACCACUGAAAAGUGUUUCAAUAAAGAAAUGGUUCAAGGACAUAAAGAUGAAGAAAAAAGAAGACCAGAGAUUGCAAAGAGCAGAGGUGCAUGCAGCGAUAUCAAUUGCAGGGGUUGCAGCAGCUUUAGCUGCCAUUGCUGCUGAAAAUUCGAAAAAGGAAUCAAAUCAAGACAGAGAUGCAGCAGUGGCCUCUGCGGCUGCGUUGGUAGCUGCACAGUGUGCAAAAGUAGCUGAAGCAAUGGGGGCAAAGAAAGAACAGCUUAGCAGUAUAAUUGGCUCAGCCAUGAGUGGCACAAGUGCAAGUGAUAUCCUAACUCUCACUGCCGCAGCUGCAACAUCAUUAAAAGGAGCAGCCACACUUAAAGUAAGAUCAGGUUGCAAGAACAGACUGAGUGGUGGAGUUCCUGUCUUGCCCCUUGAAGACAGCAAUGAUCUUGAUUUUGACUUUGAGAAAGGCAGAUCAAUUCUUGCACAGGGAGCUGAGUUAUAUGUAGAAACACCAGAAGGGAAGUACAUGCCGAGAUCAGUAUCUGUAAUCCUAAGCAGCGAAGCCAAGGUUGUACUUAUGAUGAGGAAGCAUAAUCUAUUCAAAAGCAAGAAGGAGGGAAUUGUAAUGACUCUGCACGCAGAACUGUACAAAGGUUCAGACGCAGAGGAUGCUGAUACAUGUUAUCUGAUUGUCUUGACAACAAGAGGAGGCGUUUUCAAGCUAGACAUGGCGGAUGAUUACCGUCGUUACAAGACAUGGUCCACAACCAUCAAUCAUAUGCUGAAGAUUUCAGCUUCUUUUGCAAAAUAUGAGCUUCAGUUUUACUGAAAUAACUGCUGUCACCACUUACCUUAUGUACUCGUUUUGCUUCCUGUACCCUACAUACAUUUGUAACUAUUACAACAUAUCGUCCCUACUGUUAAAUUCCAAUUAUCUGUGAUAUCUGUCUAAA